UCUCCUCUCUGGCCUUGUCUCAAACUCAUUUCAAAAUUUCUUUAAUUUUCGCAGACGAAAGAAAGGAUCAAAUUUUUAAGUUUCCUUUUUUUCUUGCACAUUUUUUUCUUCUUCUUUGUGCAAAAUCUCUGCAGAGUCAUGAAUGAUACCUUGAGUUUUACUCCACAGAAUUCUUUGUCCACCGGAAAUGUGUACAAGAGCAUUGAUUCAUCUUCAUUAUCAUUAUCACAACUGUUAUUAACAGGAGGAACAAAUCCAUUAGAUUCAAUAUUCUUCUCAAAUUUCAAUGCUUGUUCUUCAUCAAACGGCGCCAUUGUUAGUAAUCCUUUAGAAUCAAUUGGUUCUUGCGUCUAUCUCCGCCAGAGAGAAUUUCUAGAAAAAUUCAAUUUCGAAACUAAGUCUAACAGAACCAACACCAUGUUAUCAUCAUCUACUCAAAAUUCUCCCACUUCUGAAACUACUGCUGCAUAUUUUAGUGAUAAGAAGAAGAGCAAGAAGCUUUACAGAGGUGUGAGACAAAGACAAUGGGGAAAAUGGGUAGCUGAAAUACGGUUACCACAAAACAGAGUUAGAGUUUGGUUAGGAACUUAUGAUACAGCUGAAGUAGCAGCAUAUGCAUAUGACAUAGCAGCGUAUAAGUUGAGAAGGGAGUAUGCUCGGCUGAAUUUUCCCAAUCUUGGAGAUGAGUCCAAGUUAAGGUUUUCGGAUCGAGCGCGACUUAGUGCAUUACGGUCUUCAGUUGAUGCUAAAAUUAAAGCAAUUUGUCAGAAAGUCCGGAGAGAAAAGGGAAGGAAAAAGAAAGGAACUAGAGAUACUACUAGUAACGAUCAAAUCCCAAAUCGAAAUUCACUUUCGGGGUUGAAUUCGGAACCCAUUUCAGAAGAAGAUUUUUCAUCAACAAAGAACGAUAACUAUUCAAAUUCCGGAAAUGUAAAUUGUACAAUGCUGCUGGGUAGCGGUGAAGACGAUUUGGAUAGGCAAUAUGAAGGUGGUUGUUCACUUGCUAGAAUGCCAUCUUAUGAUCCGGAAUUGAUUUGGGAAGUUCUUGCUCAAUAGUUACUAUCCAAAUCAUUAUAAAAUGUAAGAGAAGAUAUAUAUCGUUUUCCUCUUAUCUAUCUGGGAAGUCACAUUUUUGAAGUUUUGUCAAAUCUUGUUUUCUUCAAAGUUACUUUCUGAUGCGGCACGUCAUUUGCCAUCGGAUUCUUCCAUCCGACACUGAAUUCCAUUAGGCGCGUAAUAACCGUCUUGUUAGAUACUAAAUUACUGAGUUUUGAUUUUAUGUAGCCUAAGUGACACAAAUAUUCUCCUCCGUUAUAAUAUUUAAUGGUAAGAACUCCCAUUUACUUGUA